AUGGUCAAGGCCUCGUUAUUGCUGCUCCCGGCAAUGCUGGCGACCGCCGCGCGCGCCCAACAGCAGCCCAGCGGCAACGACGUGCUGGUCACAAUGGCCGUGAACAUCGACGGCUCGCUGCGGAACCUGCAGCUGCUCAAGGGCGAGAGCUUCGAGGACGCGGCCACGUCCUUCGCCCGUUCCAAUGGCCUCAUGGCCGCCACGGACGAUGCGCAAGUGCGCGCGGUCAUCGACCAGCUCUCGGGGCUGCUGAAGGACAAGAUGCAGGAGGUGGAGGCGGCCCAGCAGCCCCAGGAGCCCAUGCCCAGCGUGCAGCUCUCCAUCCCGCUGACCAUCGAUGGCUACACGGGGGAUCUUCUGAAGUAUGAGACGGAGACGCCUGAAGCUGCAGUGGAGAGGUUUCUCUACGCCAGCGGCUUCAGCAUGGACGUCAUGAGGGAGGUGUACCCGCAGCUGGUAUCGCUUGUCAACAGGAAGCUAGAGGAGCUACAGCCGCCCAAGAAGGAGCUCUUCGCCUUCGCCUUGUCUCUGGAUGGAAGGGAGAUCACUGUGCGCCACUUUGAAGGCGGCAACCCGAUGGACGAGGCCGUUGAGACGCUGCGAGGCAUCGGCGUGAACGACGGAGAGUUCAUGGACAGAGUGGCGCCGCAGAUCGCCAACCAGAUUGUCAAUGAGAUCAAUAACAGGCAGACCGCGGAGUCCGUUGAGGAACAAGUGCAACCUCAGCAAGUGGCGCAGCCAGUGACGCAGCAACAGCCUCCACAGAGGCGGGAGCUGUUCUCGGAGCCUCUGACGUUGAACAACCAGCCUGCGAUCAUGAUCCACUACGAAGGAUCUACGGCGAGGGAAACGGCGCUUCGCUUCUUGAGCGAAAACGACAUCAACGACGACGCGACUAUCGAAUCGUUGAUGCCGCAGUUGAUUGGCAUUGUGGACGCCCGAAUGGCGGCUAUUCUGGAGGAAGAGGCGCAAACCCAAGCUCAAGCACAGGCGCAAGCUCAAGCUCAGGCCCAGACUGCAGCAGAACCCGCUGGUGAGCAGCCGCAGCAACCGCGACAGCCAUUGGUGACAGUGCCGAUCAACCUUGAUGAGCAGCGCCAGGCAAAUCUGGAAUACUUCGACGGUGACGAUGUUGAAGCUACGGUGCAGCGAUUUCUCAUUGCUGUCGGGCUGGGUGAAACCGAGAGGUUCAACGACAAUGUGGUGCAGCUUUCAGCCCUCGUGCGCGAGCGAGUUGUCGCUCUGGAGCAGCAACGAGCUCAGGAACAGCCUCAAGUCGUAGAGCAGGCGGCUGAGCCGACACGACCGGAACCUCUGUUUUCAAUCCCUGUGACGCUCAGUGGCAACGUGUACAACCUCGAGUACUUCGAAGGCCAGGAGCCUUACCACGCUGCCAACGCGUUCUGUGUCGAGAAGCACGAGAUCGUUCGUGCAGAAUUGGGCGUGGAAUUUGACGGAGACCAAUUGCUGGCGUGCCAGAAUGUGCUCGUGCAGUCGAUUCUCAACAUUCUCGAGGAACGCCAGCAAUCUCAAGCCGGACAGCAGCAGGCAGAAGAGGCCUCCGCUGAAGCUCAGGCUCAACCCGAAGCGCCAGCUCAAGCUGAGCCUGAAGCCCCCGUACAAGCUGCAGAGACUCCGGUGAACCCUCGUGGGAUCCUUCUUUUCACGCUCGACAUCGACAUGGGGGAUGGAACGUCGAUUCAGCUGCCUGUCCACCGCAAUGACAACCCGCGCGAGUUGGCAACUACAUUCUGCGCAGAAAACAAGCUUGGCCAGGAAAACAUCCCCGCUCUCGUGGACGCAAUGGAAGCGCAGUUGGCGCAGCUGUAA